AAGAUAAUGUUGGUGUGUUCUUUCUUGCUGUCGUCGUGGACGGAUUAGGUGCGGGCACCGGACAACCCGUGAACGGCGCCAUCCCGAGUCUCCCUUCGCCGACGAUGCCCACCUUCAACAUGGCUGCGCAGACCCCAAACGGCCAACCGGGAGGAACCGAGGCCGUCUACACCAAUGGCAUCCCACAGACCUAUCCAGCACCACAAGGCCUGCCCAACGGUGAGGCCGCGCUACAGCAUCAGCCGUACCCAGGGAUGCAACCCUAUCCGGGAGUCGCAGCUUACCCCGCGGUUUACGGACAGUUCCCACAGGCAAUUCCCCCCCAACCUCCCAUGUCGGCUGUGGCCCCCACGCAGAGGGAAGGUUGCUCUAUAUCCGGACCAGAGGGAUGCAAUCUGUUCAUCUACCACCUACCUCAGGAAUUCGGCGACGCCGAACUGAUGCAGAUGUUCAUUCCCUUCGGCAACGUGAUCAGCUCGAAGGUGUUCAUCGACCGCGCCACCAAUCAGAGCAAAUGUUUCGGGUUCGUGUCCUUCGACAAUCCGACGAGCGCCCAGGCGGCGAUCCAAGCGAUGAACGGCUUCCAGAUCGGCAUGAAGAGGUUGAAGGUUCAGCUGAAGAGGCCCAAGGACGCGAAUAGGCCCUACUAACACUCGGCCAAACACGCCAGCAGCCAGCCGCUCCCAGCCAUUAGUAUACUAAACUUGCAGAGAUAUAAAUAUUUUAAGUAACGAGACACAAGCAAAAGGAAGAAACAAACAUAUAAUUAAACAAAACAAACAAAAAAAAAACUUGAAGGAACGAAGAAGUAGCGGAAGAAGCUACAAGAAAAAAAAA